CUUUAUCACAUGACCACUUUAUUUUGUCCCCGUGAUCAAGUUUAGAAAAUUCAAAAAUAAUUACGCGCAAUGGCCAAAGUAGAAGUUGAAGUUGACAUCCAUGAAAAUUCACUCGAUAACAGUGCAGAUAGUGAGUUGCUGGGCAUGGUCGAUGAAGGAUCAUUUGGGAGUGCUGAGUGUGAAAGAUCACAUUUAGUUUCACAGUCUUUUCUGGAUGGUAAUGAAGAAGAUAAUAGCUCCUCAUAUAACUUUAAGGAUUUAUCUGGAGCAGUGACAUAUAAACUAGUCCAAAUGACUGGUGAAGAAACACCUAACACUAUGUCUUCCCAUUCUCCAACACAUGUGAUACCCAGCGGUGAGUUUUAUGUCAUAAGCAACCCAGUGCAAGUAUUCGGAACAACUGCAACACAAAAAAAAGUAAUUAGAAGACAACCAAUGCAAAAUAAAGCUAUAACAGCCAAAAAGCGUGAUGACAAAAGAAGGGCAACCCACAAUGAAGUGGAAAGGCGCCGAAGGGAUAAAAUUAACAGUUGGAUCACAAAACUAGCUGCUCUAGUACCUAAUUCUGGUCUUCCCGACACAGCGAGUAAGGGCGGCAUUUUAGCUAAAGCAUGUGACCACAUCACUGAACUCACCGAGAAACAGAAGAAAUUGGAAAAGCUGGAGGUUGAUAAUGACAAACUUGUAUUAGAAGUCUUAAGGCUCAAUCAAGAAUUAACAGAACUAAGGAAAGAGAACACCUCAAUGCGGGUACAGUUAGCGGACAACUGUCUGAUUUCGAGUACACCUAGCCACCGACCGAAAGGUCAAAAGUCUUAGCUUAAAUUAGUUUAAUAGUUGUAAUGUGUAAGUGUUGGACUAAUGUUCAUGAUGGAAAUCCAAGGUGCUGAGUACUAAGCUUAGAAAGUGACAAGAAAUUAUGGUAAGUAGCAGGAAUAAAUUAUAAGUUAUAACUGUUAUUGUGUAAUUGUUAACUCUUGAUUCCACAUGCUUUUUAUUUGAAUGUAAUAAUUGUUAACUGAAUGUUUCAAAUGAUUAAAUCUCUUGUAAUAUACUGAAAAUGACUCAUUUGAAAGAUAAGAUCAAAAAUUUCAUAUGAAAGAAUAAAUAAGAUAUUGUUAUUCGUCCAGCUUGAUAAAGUUUGCUAUUUAUUUUUUUGAUAUUGUUGUAUUUCGUGGGGUAACUACAAAUUAAUAUUGAUGUUAUAAAAAGUUUAUUGAAUUAUGACAAUAUUGGAAAUAGCAAUAGUAACAAAAUUCAUAGAAUAAUAGAAUUAAAUAUCUAUAUUUAAUAUUUAUCUAUAGAAGUAGUGUUACUGUUGAUCUGCUACAUCACAUUUUUUCGUUCAACAAAUGAUUUAUACAUAAAUAUACAUUUUUUUUUUUAUUUCAAUACUCCUUGUCUAUAUCAAGUUUUCGGUUAAUCAUAUGAAGAAUGAAUUUUUGUUUGUGAAAUAAAAUUAAAUGUUAUGUUGUAAAUGUUAUAUUUUAGUUGUUAAAACCAAAUUUAUAAUUUAAGAAUUAGGUAGUUAUUGUUUUUUUUUUUGUAUAAUAGGGAAAUACAUCUUAUUAAGCUAAUAUCACUGUAUUUCUUUAAUAUAUCAAUUAAUAUCUCACAUACCGAAUGAAUUUAUAAGUAAACCGAGGUAUUUUUUAUACUUAAAUCCUAAUUAUAUAUGCAACUAAAGAUUAUUACAGUUGAUUUAUGAUAUUAAUAUUCUUAAUUUGUGCAUUAAUUUAUAUAUUUUAAAUUGUACCAAACAAAUCAGGCCUGGUGAACCUUUGGUGCUCAAUGAGAGUAUGAAUUGUAUAUAAUUGUGAAAAUUAUAAAGGAAUAACAACAUCUGCAAACUUGUUUGACAGUUGAUAGCAUCAAAAGUAAAAAAGUAUUGUACACCAAUUUUGUUGAUACUUUCGCAAUAAAAAUAAUUUUAAAUUCGAAAACAAUUGUAUUUGGCAAUAAGUGAACAGAUUUUAAGACAUAUUGGGAUAUUUGGUUGAUUUAUUAACCUUGUUUAAAUCAAGUACACAUUAUUCUGGAAUUAUAUGGAGUUUAUUGG